AUGCUGACUGACUUGGAGAAUGCCAUGGACUCACUCAUCGAUGUCUACCACAAGUACUCCCUGGUGCAGGGAAAUUACCAUGCCCUCUACAGGGAUGACUUAAAGAAACUCUUAGAGAAUGAGGCCCCCACCUAUUUGAAGAAAAAGGAUGCAGACGCCUGGUUCAAAGAGUUGGAUAUCAAUACUGACGGUGCCAUUAACUUCCAGGAGUUCCUCAUUAUGGUGAUAAAGAUGGGUGUGAUAGCCCAUGAAGAUAUCCACAAAGAGUAG